CAGAGACUCGUCGGGUGUCCGCCCACCAGGAUGGGAAGGAGAAUAUUGCAGUUUACGAUGUAGCGACCCGCAGCCAUUAGCUUGUUCUCACAUGAAACAGGCCCCGUGUAAAGCUCUGCGGGAGAGAGACGUGAAAGGCGCUGCUUGUAAGGAUCAUUAGAGAGGUGGGAGUCCAACUCGCAGGCCCUGUUCGUUCUCUUAACGGGUCACUGAGCCAACGAGACAAGGCUGCAGUAAUGGACCCCAACACAGCUUCUGACAUUAAAACAGAAUCUUCAGAGGAAAGUUCUGGAGAAAUCUCUGUGAACGAAAUCUCAGAAUCAGACUCCAGUGACACAGAGGACUCGAAGCCGCCAGCCAGCAGCACUAAAGACAAGUGUUACCCUUGCGCCACCUGUGGGAAGGUAUUUGACAGACCAUCAAAGCUAGAAAGGCACAAACCUGUGCACACAAGGAAGCCUAAGACUCUUCAUCAGUGUCAGCACUGUGACAAGAGUUUCACUCAAGAAGAGAAGCUGAUCCGACACCAGAAUUGCCACAAUAGGACUAAUAAGCAUCCCUGCCCCGACUGUGGAAAGAUCUUCAACAGGCCUUCAAAGCUAGAGAGGCACAAGCGCACACACUCGAAGAAACCAAAAGAGCCUCAUCAGUGUUCAUACUGCAAGAAGACGUUCAGUAAACUGAACAAACUUAUCCGUCACAAGCGGAUGCACACGGGGGAGAGGCCUUUCACCUGCUCCAUCUGUGGUAAAGGAUUCUCUGAGUCAGGUCACUGCAAAGCACAUGAAAAGACACACGAGGAGCAACCGGAGAAGCCCCACUGCUGCCCGGACUGCGGGAUGCGCUUCUUCAAGGCCUCAGAGGUCCGUCGGCACUCCCGCUCCCACUCCGGGGAGAAACCCUUCAGAUGCAGUUUGUGUGAAAGUUGCUUCUCCCGCUCAGAAGGGCUUAAAAGACACAUGAGGAAGCACACAGGGGAACGACCCUACAAGUGUGUUAUCUGCGGGAAGGGAUUUUACUCUCGUCAGGAUUUGAACAUUCAUAAAUUGACCCACUCGGGGGAGAAACCGCAUCUUUGCCCUGUGUGUGGGAAAGGCUUCUCACAGCUGGGCAACAUGAAAGAGCACGAACAAAACGUUCACAUUAAAUCAGAGAAGUAUAUUUGCAAUGAAUGUGGGGCGACCUUCACACGGUACAAGUCUCUGACAAAACAUCAGCGGACGCACACGGGAGAAAGACCCUAUCUAUGCCUCACCUGUGGUCGCAAAUUCUCAUGGAGCCAUUCUCUAAGCAGACACCAGAGGACACACACGCAUGGGCAGACGUCUAUGGAGAUGUCCAAAGACACUUUAAGUUUGGAAGGAGCCUCUGAGAUUCCCAGUAGUUGAAAAGGAAUAUUACUGGAGAGAACAUUGUGUUAGCAAUUUGCCAAUUCGUGGUGAAUUGAGAACAAAUUUUAAAUGUUUGUAAUGAUUCACUUUACUGCUCACAGAAAUCCAUAGCAUGGUGUUUCCGAUUCGCUUCUCCAUGUAUUUUUUAUGAUACAAUGCUGAAGGUCCAUUUCUGGCAUUUGAUUUUUAUUGAUCUGUGUUGGCAAUAGAAAUUAAGACUUGAAAUCACAGCGCCCCCUGGUGGCACCAGGAAAUGUCUUGUUUUUGGCUUGUCUUAAACUUGGAUGUAUUCCUCCUCAUCCACUGACCUCAACCGUAUCAAACUGUGUCAAAUGGGUCUCAAGACAUUGAUAAUGAAGGCAUAAGAUAACUGUGACUUUUCGUCAAACGCCAUAUUAAUUGCGUGGCAUAAAAAUUCAUCAACUCGCCGUGAAACACGAAAUUGCUGUAACUUCAGUGUUCAUGGUUCUAUCUCACUUAAACUACAUGUGUGAAACAACAUCCCCCCCCCUGAAGAUUUUCAUAUGGUUUUAAGGAAUGGGCGUGGCAAAACAACUGACUAGCGCCCCCUAACGGGCAGCCCCGGCACUACGAUUGGCCGACAUGUACAAAAAUCGAUUUGGGCAUUUGUCUUUUCAUAACAAACAAAUAAGUCUCAUGGAUAGAUAUGCUAGACUAAACAGGAACCCCGCCAUUUUGGAUUUAGUGGCCAUUUUUGCCAUAUUCCACAUUUUUACUAUGAUGUACUUGUCCCAGGGCUUUCAUCAGAUUAACCUCAAAUUAAGAUCAGUGUCAUCACAACAAGAUGGAGAUAAAAACUGAUUUAGCGAUUUAUUUUUCGUGUGAACAUGUGAAAGUUUGAUUAAAGUUUGAUUAAACGCCAUCAAAACACGAGGUUCUGUAUCUCGGACAUGCAUUGUCCAUUCGAGUCCAAACUAGACAUGUAAGACAAGAGUGUCAUAGCGCCACCUACUGAUUCGCCAGGAAACAGGUACUUUGUUAAUCCACUCUGCCUUAUCCAACCGGCUCCAAACUACUGACCUAUGAUCACAAUCCUGAUCUGAACAGCUCCAUAUAAAUAUUAGUUCAGGGUCAUAGCGCCACCUACUGAUCAGUGUUAAAAUUAAGUUGUGUUAACAUUGUCCAAUUGACACAAAAUUGCUCACGCUACAUCAGAGCGCCUACAUGAACAGAUCUAUGUGUCUGUGUGUAAUAAUAGUGAUGGCGCCACCUACUGGCAAAAGGAAGUAAGCUUUGUUUUACAACUAUCAUUAAAUUUACAUAAAAUGUU